GGAGAGAGGGAUGGCUUACAACAAGGGGUUGCAUGGAAGCAGUGGAGGGAGUCAUAGAGGAAGGUCUUAUGUGUUGAUAUUGCUGAUCACAUUUGGAGCUGCACUCCUUGGGGUAAUGGUGCUUCACAAGCUCAGAGAGAGGCGCAUCUACAACCUUCUUAUCAAAGAGAGAGAUCAGCAACUUCUUGCCCUUCAGCUUCUCUUGCAGAAAGAAAGAGAUCGCACCAAUGAAUUGAGAGGAAAGAACGAAGAGAUGAGGGGGAAAAUAUACUCCCUUAGAAGUCAAAAGACGGAGCUUGCUAGAACAGUUGUAGAGAUGAAAUCCACUUUGGAUUCGCUGAGAGAUGAACAGAAAGUGAUGGAAUCCGCAUUUGAGGAGAAUCAGAAUGAGCUCAGAACAAUGCAAGAAAAAGGGAGCAAAGUCGAACAAGGAGGCUCUCAAAUAAUAGCACUAAGAGAGAAUCUUAAGCAUAAGGAAGCAGAGAUAAAGGACUUGAAGCGCCGUCUUGAAACUCCAUUUAAGAAACACCCGUCAAGCAUCAAUGAUCAUUCGCCCAUUGUUCCUGAAAUUGUGACAGUAAAUGGAACAAUGGCAGCACAAGAUAAAACUGAGAGCGAGAAUAAAGAAAAUGAAAAUUUACGAGAAUCUGCCAGUGUCAAAUAUGACGGUGAUGACAAGUUCCAAGAUGAAGAGGUUACAGAUGAAAUAAAAGAUGAAACUAGGACUGAUCAGGAGCUAGGAAAGAAAAAUGAAGAGCCUCGAGAUGAUGGUGGUGGUGCAGGUGUGGCUGCUGCAAAGGAUAUUGAGGAUGAAGUGGUGGAUGGUAGAGAAAAUAAAGCAAUCAGAGAAGAGGAGCUGGCACAACUAGUGAAUAAUACAGAUGGUGAAGGUAAGGAUGUUGAUGUGAAACAAUUGGCUGGUGUGAAGAGGAAACAUGGCCAUGCAAGUAGAACAAAGGGGAAGCGCUGGAGAACCAUUGUCAAGAAUAGGUUAAUGGAGAACAAUGGGAUUUUUGAAAGUUAUGGAAAGGUAAACAAGGGAAAUAGGAAGGUUUACAGAGAUGAGAAAGGUGAAAAGGAGGAUGAUGACCAAAGAAAAGACAAGCCACAGGCCCAUUUACUAAAGCCUCAAAACCAUGAAAACAGAUAUGUCAGUAACAUGAGAGUGAAUAAUACAAAUCACCAGGAGACAAAUAAUGGAAUUAACAUUUACCCAGAAAAUCAAAGACAGGUUGAACACAAAUUGUCAGAAGAUCAUGAGGACAGAUUUAUCCAACGAAACUGGAGCACGAAGCAUAUCAACAAAGAAGACAAGAAUGCUGAUCAAAUAAAACCAAACAUGGCUCAAGAAGAGCCUGAAAAAUUAGAGGUUUUGGAUGUACAAAAGCAAGAAAGAGAUGGAAUUGAUAGGGGUAAUGAGGACGAUGACGAUGAUUUUAAAGAAUCCCAAUCUGAAUUUGAAGAUGAGAAGGACGAAUACAAAGAAGAGAUAGACGAAUCAGAAUUUCAGCCUGGUUUGUAA